UUCGUUGAACUGGUUUUUUCUGUUAGGUCUUUGAAAGCCACUGUGUUAGACUCCAAUCUUAACAUUGUUGCCUCAGAAUUUGUUCAUUUUGAUACUGAACUAUCUCAUUACAAAACUCAAGAUGGUGUUUACCGUGAUUCUUCCAUCAAUGGUCGAAUCGUUUCCCCCACUUCUAUGUGGGUUGAGGCUCUGGAUCUCAUGCUUCAAAAGCUAUCCAAAUCGAAACUGGAUUUUGGGAAGAUUGCUGCUGUUUCUGGCAGUGGACAACAACAUGGUAGUGUUUAUUGGAAAACUGGAAGUUCUACGAUCUUAUCUUCAUUGGAUCAUCAAAAGCCAUUACUGGGACAGCUAGUUGAUGCCUUUUCCAUUAAGGAAUCACCCAUAUGGAUGGAUAGCAGCACCACUGCUCAAUGUCGGGCGAUCGAGGAAGCUGUCGGGGGAGGUUUAGAAUUGUCGAAACUUACUGGCUCGCGAGCCCAUGAAAGAUUUACUGGACCCCAAAUCAAGAAGAUAUAUGAAACUCAGCCUGAUGUUUAUCAAAAUACUGAAAGGAUUUCCCUUGUUAGUUCUUUUGUGGCGUCUCUUCUUAUUGGAGCCUAUGCCUCCAUUGAUGAAACUGAUGGUGCUGGAAUGAAUUUGAUGGAUAUUCGACAACGAGUCUGGUCUAAGAAAGUAUUAGAGGCCACUGCCCCUGGUCUGGAGGAGAAACUUGGGAAGCUAGCCCCUGCCUAUGGUGUAGCUGGUUAUGUUGCUCCAUAUUUUGUUAAGAGAUACAACUUUAAUGAGAAGUGCUUGGUUGUUCAGUGGUCAGGAGACAAUCCCAACAGCCUCGCAGGUCUAACUCUUAAUACUCCUGGGGAUCUUGCAAUUAGUCUUGGCACUAGUGACACUGUGUUUGGGAUCACUAGUGAUCCACAACCUAGACUGGAGGGACAUGUUUUUCCCAACCCUGUAGACCCUGAAAGCUACAUGGUUAUGUUGGUUUACAAGAACGGAUCGUUGACACGUGAAGACGUUCGCAACCGCUAUGCAGAGAAGUCUUGGGAUACGUUCAAUAAAUUUCUGCAGCAAACGCCUCCGCUAAAUGGUGGAAAGAUUGGAUUUUACUACAAGAUAUAUAUAUAUAUAUAUAUAAUUAUAGAUGAUUAA